AUGUUAGGGAACACACUAGUGUUCAUAUUUAAUGUUGUCAUUGGGUACUAUGUCCUUUGCAGGUAUAUGAAAGAAGAUGAUGUAAGUUCAGAAAAGGAUGAUGAAAAAGAUGAAGUAUCUAGAAAUCUUGAAACCGGAGUUUCUGAAGCUAGAAAGAAUGAAGAUCACAGUCCUAGAAAGGCUGUGAAAACUCCAUCUAUAGUUGGUGAGAAUGAAGUGGGUAGAUUUAGUGAUCCUCCUGGAGAUGCUUCCUUGCUUCCCAAGAGAAAACGACAUGAAGCCUCAACAUCAAGUGCUAUCCAGGUUGAUUCUCCUGUCGCAGCUGGUGGUGAUCCUUUCCUCUUAAUGAUGGGUGUCUUUAAAGAUCCUGCCACUGACAGUGAUGGCUUUGUAUGUUCUAUCUUGAGAAUAAAGGUUUGGGUGCUACAAGCGGUGGAGUUCAGCAGAUUGGUUAGCUCCUUAAAGCCAGAUGAAUCAAAAGAUGCAAUAGUAUAUUCAUGUGAGAAACUUCUUGUUAUGUUUCGUCUGAGACCUAAACAGAAAUCAGUGUUUAUGACACAACAUGGUUUCCUCCCUCUUAUGGAUCUACUCGAUGUUCCUAAAUCUCCAGUAACAUGUUCUGUGCUGCAGCUAAUAAAUGAAAUUGUUAAAGAUAACACUGAGUUCCAAGAAAAUGCUUGUCUUGUUGGUCUUAUUCCUUUGGUAAUGAGUUUUACUGAUCCUGAUCCUGAGAGAGAUCAUUCUCAAGAAAUACGUAUGGAAGCAGCUUACUUCUUGCUACAGCUUUGUCAAUCAAGCUCAACGUUGCAAAUGUUCAUAGCUUGUGGUGGAAUACCAAUUUUGGUGGGAUUUAUUGAAGAAGAUUAUGCCAAACACAGGGAGAUGGUUCACUUAGCUAUUGAUGGGAUGUGUCAAGUAUUUAAACUCAAAACGUCCACCCCUAGAAAUGACUUCUGCCGUAUAGCUGCAAAGAGUGGAGUUCUUCCUAGGCUAGUCAACACUCUUGUUAGCUUGAAUGUAGCAGUUCUGCUAGCUUCUAUAUCAGGGGAUCAACUUGAGCAGCCUGAGUCUUCACUCAGUGUGAUUGAUCAACUUGAGGUGCUGAAAACAAGUCAUGGUGGUGGUGAUCAAGAGCCUUCUCAUGCUUCAACUUCAUAUCCUCAAAGAUCAGAUAUCCAUCAACCAAAUGGUGAUAGGCCUAGAUUGAGUAGUGUUGCAGCAUGUGCUACAGAAGAAGCUGCACCUGGAAGUACAAGAUCAUCUCGUUUACUUGCCCAUAUAAUCUUUGGAGAUGUUGCAAGUGAAUACUUGGAGAAAGUGGUUGAUCUACUUCUUGUAUUUGCUCAAGCUGAUACAACAGUCAAGUCACACAUGUGCAGCCAAAGCUUACUCAGUCUUUUUUUCCUGAUGUUCAACCGUGUAGAACCUCCUAUUCUGUUAAAGAUACUGGAGUGCAUCAAUCAUCUAUCAACUGAUCCAAAUUGCUUAGAGAGUCUUCAACGUGCAGAUGCAAUCAAAUUGUUGAUUCCCAACCUUGACUUUAACGAAGGGGAUCUUACUUAUCAGAUCCAUCACGAGGUGCUUAGUGCAUUAUUCAACCUGUGCAAGAUCAACAAGAGGAGGCAAGAACAAGCAGCUGAACACGGAAUCAUACCAUACCUGAUGCAUUUCAUCAUGUCAGACUCUUCUCUCAAACAAUAUGCACUGCCACUCCUAUGUGACAUGGCUCAUGCAUCUCGGAACUCAAGAGAGGUGUUAAGAGCUCACGGUGGUCUAGACGUGUACAUGAGUUUACUUGAUGAUGAAUCCUGGUCUGUAACAGCGUUGGAUUCGCUUGCUGUUUGCGUGGCGCAUGAUAAUGACAGCAACCAUAAGGUUGAGCAAGAGUUGCUCAAGAAGGAGAUAGUUCAGAAGUUAGUUAAGUUCUUUCAGAGCUGUCCUGAGAGACACUUUGUGCACAUAUUGCAGCCGUUCUUGAAGAUUAUAACGAAAUCAUCUAAGAUCAACAAAACAUUAGCUGUGAAUGGAUUGACUUCGUUGCUUGUUUCAAGGCUAGACCACCAAGAUGCGAUUGUUAGACUUAAUCUCCUGAAACUCAUUAGGGCUGUGUAUGAGCAUCAUCCAAACCCAAAACAACUGAUAGUAGAGAAUAAUCUGCCUCAAAAGCUGCAGAAUCUAAUAGAAGAAAGACGUGAUGGACAAAGUUCAGGAGGGCAAGUUCUGGUGAAGCAAAUGGCUACCUCUCUGCUUAAAGGACUAUACAUCAACACAGUCUUGUGA